GUGGUCUCAGUAGAACUACUGCUCGAAAACACCAGAGAUUGUGGUCUCAAUAGCUCUGCUCCAAAACACCAGACUCUCCACUAUUCUCCGUUGCUCCUGAUUUGCUAAAGCUAUGGCUGAUAAGCCCCAUGCAGUUCUUAUCCCACUUCCAUUUCAAAGCCAUAUAAAAUCUAUGCUAAAACUAGCCAAACUACUUCAUCACAGAGGUUUUCACAUAACCUUUGUCAAUACUGAAUAUAACCAUAGACGCUUACUUAAAUCUAGAGGUCCUAAUUCCCUCAACGGUUUGCUUGACUUUCGAUUUGAAAACAUUCCAGAUGGGCUCCCUCAUUUGGAUAUUGAUGCUUCCCAAGAUAUCCUUGCACUUUUUGAGGCUAUCAAGAACAACUCAAUGGCUCCAUUCAUGAGUGACCUACUUAACAAGCUCAAUGAGACAGCCACUUCUAAUGUGCCCCCAGUAACAUGCAUCGUGUCGGAUUUCUUGCUAUUCACUAUCGCAACUGCUGAAGAGCGAGGAAUACCUAUUGCACUAUUUCAAACUGCCUCUGCUUGUUGCUUCAUGUGCUUCAAACAACUUCGUCCACUCAAAGAAAAAGGUCUUGCACCAAUUAAAGACGACAGCUUUCUAACAAAUGACUUCUUAAACAAAGUUAUAGACUGGAUUCCUGGAAUGAUAGGUAUACGUGUAAGAGAUCUUCCGAGAUUUUUUCGUUGGAUGGAUCUCAAUGAUUGUUGGUUUAACCACACGAUGGAAUCAGCUGAGAAAGCUUGUAAAGCAUCUGCUAUUAUUGUACAUAGUUUUGAUGCUUUGGAGCAAGAAGUUCUGAAUGCUCUCUACUCAAUGUUUCCUCGUGUUUAUCCUAUCGGCCCGCUUCAAUUGCUUCUCAAUCAAGUACCUGAAGAUGACCUAAAUUCCAUUGGAUGUAACCUGUGGAAAGAAGAGCCUGAAUGUCUCCAGUGGCUUGACUCCAAGAAACCGAAAUCGGUGGUUUAUGUGAAUUUUGGCAGUAUAGUAGUCAUGAAUAAGGAACAGCUUAUUGAAUUUGGAAUGGGACUUUCUGAAAGCAACCACUCUUUUGUAUGGAUUAUAAGGCCUGACAUGGUCAUUGGGCAGUCAGCUAUUUUUCCAGCAGAGUUUAUGGAAGAAACUAAAGAGAGGGGCUUUAUUGCUAACUGGUGUCCACAAGAAGAAGUCCUUAACCACCCAUCAAUAGGAGGCUUCAUAACACAUUGUGGAUGGGGUUCCACAAUUGAGAGCAUUUCUUCGGGGGUGCCUAUGCUUUGUUGCCCAUUCUUCGGGGAUCAACAAACAAAUUGUAGGUACGCAUGCAGUGAAUGGGGAAUUGGAAUGGAGAUUGAUAAUGAUAUCAACAGAGAAAAUGUGAAGACGCUUGUAAGGGAGCUGAUGGAGGGAGAGAAAGGUAAGAAAAUGAAGAAGCAAGCCAUGGAGAGGAAAAAAUUAGCAGUGGAGGCCACAGCUCCAAAUGGUACAUCAUCCAUGAAUUUGGACAAGCUUAUAAACGAAGUUCUUCUGUCACGAAAUUAAGUCAUCGCUCAAGCUUGAGCCAUGGUUUUCAAUUUGGUUGUUGGUGCUAUGUGUCUAUUGAUUUGGCAUUGUUGAAUUAAAGCAUUAAUCUUCAUGGU